AUGGCCAUCGCUUCAAACAUCGAGAUUCGUCUUGUUGAUCCCAAGAAUAUAAGCGACGCCCAAAUCCAAGACGCCACAAACGUGUGGAUCGAAGCCUUCCAAGACAAUCCCCUCUUUCGAGCCUUAACGAACGCCGACGCAUCUCUCUAUACCCGCUACAUGCAUUCCACCCUCCUCGCAGCGCUCAAUGAUGGUCAAGUCUACUUCGCCACUUCUCCCUCCUCCCCCGGCACUGGAUUUGACGCAGCAUGCGGUGGCAGCGCUAGUGCUAGUAAAGACAGGUUGAUUGGCGUGGCGGCGUGGUACCCUCCUGGAAUGGCUCCGGGCUUGUUGGUGGCCCCCGAUGAUGGCGAUGCUCUUGCAGAAAACUCCAAAACGAAAAUCGAUGACGGCUUUGAGACACUAUUCGCGGACUUCCCGCCCCAGCAUCAUACAUGGUGGUUUGAAUAUUUUAUCCCGAAGAAGAAAUCACAUACCUCUCUUACGCUCGGUAAAGAUGGCAAACAAGCGUCCUGGAACCUCCAGAUGAUAGGUGUACGACCGGAAGCACAGAGACGAGGCGUGGCGAGACAGUUAAUCGAAUUCGUAUACCAGAAUGUUGCGAAAUCCGGAGAGAAAUUUUGUUUGGAGACAGACGAGGAACCGACGGUCGAAGUCUACAAGAAACUCGGAUUCUCCAUCGUCGGUGAGCCCGAAGAAUAUCACAGCCCAGUAACCGACUUCAAAAUUUGGGUCAUGGCUAGAACGAAGGAUUGAGGCAUCAUGACGACGAUACCUGUGAGUGAUGAUCAGCCUAGGUAUACGAGUCUAAUAAACAAUACACUUCCUCCCAAAUCACCCACUCGCCGUUAUGGUAGUCCCAGGUGAACAAAGCGUCUCCAGUGGCGUAGGGCUAUCCCGAAGUGGCUCAUAAAGCAAGAGACGAGACAAAGCAACGACCGAAGUCAGAUGAAAAACAAAAAAAGACCAGGGUAAGAGAGGUCCCUGGUAGUAUAUCGGAUCAGUACACGCGCCUGUCAUGAACCGUCACCCCUUGCGUCCAUAGACGUUCGCGCGAGAGCGGGGUUCGACUCCCCGCCAGGGAGCCAUGUCGUGGUUGAUAUGUACUUUUGUGGGAUCGUCGAAGUAUGUCUUCGAAGUCUAACUAUUUAUUUU